AAAUCUGCAAUAAACAUCUGCCCAUCACCAUGGACAGCCAACCGGAGACAACGGCUCGCCGGCACCAGAGAAUAAUAAUGUUUCCGGUGCCAUUUCAGGGCCACAUAAACCCUAUGUUUCAGCUUGCAAAUCUACUCUACUCUAAAGGCUUCAGUAUCACCAUCCUUCACACCAACUUCAACGCACCCAAAACCUCUAAUUAUCCUCACUUCACUUUCAAAUCCAUCCUUGAUAACGGUCAUGAAAAUGAACGAUUUUCCCAAUCAUCAUUGGCCGAUUUUGCUCAAAACUUCCUCUUCAAACAAGAUGCUGCUGAGGCAUUUCGUGAUGAACUGGAACUGUUGUUAGCUUCGGUACAAGACGAGCAGGUAUCGUGUUUGAUCACCGAUGCGCUUUGGCACUUCACACAAUCGGUGGCCGAUAGCCUUAACCUCCCCAGGCUUGUUUUGAGGACGGGGAGCUUGUAUAGUACUAUUGUUUAUUCUUCAAUACCCCUUCUUGAUGAUCGUGGGUACUUCAAACUUGAUGACAGCCAUUUGGAAGAACAAGUGUCGGAGUUUCCUUUACUAAAAGUGAAAGAUGUUAAAAAGAUUGGUAUAAAGAGUAGUAAAGACCCCCUUGCGCAGUUGCUUGGUGACAUGAUGAAACAAAUCAAAGCAUCGUCAGGAAUUAUCUGGAACUCCUUCAAAGAACUCGAAGAAACCGAGCUCGAAAGGGUUCCUGAUGACUUCCCCAUACCACGUUUCCUCAUUACAUUCCCAAAGUAUUUUACAGCUUCAUCAAGCAGCUUGCUAGAACAAGAUCAAACCAUUUUUCCUUGGUUAGACCAGCAACCAACUAAGUCUGUAGUGUAUAUUAGUUUUGGUAGCCUUAGUCAAGUGGAGGAGAAAGAGUUCUUGGAAAUAGCUCAUGGGUUGGUCUAUAGCAAGCAAACUUUUUUAUGGGUGGUCCGACCAGAGUUUGUUAAGGGUUCAACAUGGGUUGAAUUAUUGCCCGAUGGGUUCCCGGGUGAAAGGGGGCGAGUUGUUGAAUGGGCUCCUCAGCAAGAAGUGUUAGCUCAUGAAGCAACAGGUGCAUUUUGGACACAUAGUGGAUGGAACUCAACGUUGGAGAGUGUUUGCGAAGGUGUUCCAAUGAUUUGUUCAUCUGUUUUGGCUGAUCAAGCGCUAAAUGCAAGAUACAUGAGUGAUGUUUCAAGGGUGGCGGUGUAUUUAGAGAAUGGGUUGCAAAGAGAAGAGAUAGCAAGUGCCAUUAGAAGAAUAAUGGUGGAUGAAGAGGGGAAGGAGAUUAGAGAAAGGGCACGGGUUUUAAAACAAAUAGCAGAUGUUUCUGCAAUGAAAGGUGGCUCUUCUAACAAAUCAAUGGAGUCUCUCAUUGAUUAUAUUUCUUCGCUCUAAGUUUGUGUAUUCCGCGAUGGUGUUAUUAUUAUUUCUUGAUUGACAAUAGUUCAUAAGUAUUUGAUCUUAAUAUUCCCUA